AUGACAUCCCCCCAAUACAGCCACCACUUCUCAAUCCACAACCUCCCCUACGGCAUCGCCUCGUCUCCCACACACUCCCUCCCCCAAUGCGCAACUCGUCUGCACAACACCGUCAUCUUCCUCGGCGACCUCCAACGUGCCGGCUUCUUCUCUGCUAUCGUCGACCUGCCGCCUCUCGUCUUCGACGACCAAUCCUUGAACCGGUUCUCCGCGCUGCCGAAACGCGUCCACCACCAUGUUCGCGAGAUCCUACAAUCCGCACUCUCGUCAGGCGUGGCUGCUUUUCCGGAAUCUAGUACAGAGAGUGUAGAGAGUGUUACGAUGCAUUUACCGGUUCAGAUUCCGAAUUUCACAGAUUUCUCCUGCAGCCUCAACCACGUCCAAAACGCCGGCCGCGCAAUCCUCAACAACCCAACACCCCCGCCGGGCUUUUUCCACUUCCCAAUCGGCUACACCGGACGAGCCAGCAGCGUCGUGGUCUCAGGGACGAAGAUCGUGAGACCGAGCGGGCACUUUUACGAUCGGUCCAAGGCUGCCACUGAUUCUUCUGGAGAUGUUAAGAACAAGGAGGUAAAAGAGGUGAUAUACGCUGCGUCGAGGGCCCUCGACUACGAACUCGAACUGGGAAUCGUGGUCGGUGCGCCGGUUAGUCCGCAGCAGGGGUUGAUGGCGAAAGACGCAGAGGAACAUGUGUUUGGGGUGGUGGUGCUUAAUGAUUGGAGUGCCCGAGACAUCCAAUCCCUCGAAAUGACCCCCCUCGGCCCAUUGAACGGCAAGUCCUUCGCCACCAGCAUCUCGCCGUGGAUCGUGACCGUCGAGGCCCUGGCUCCGUUCCGCGCCGCCGGUCCCGCCCCGCGCGCGCAGCUGCUGCCGCAUUUGCAGGAUGAGGGGAAAUUCACAUACCAUGUUGAGUUGACGGUGGAGGUUUUGCAUACUCCUGGUUCUGGGCCUGCUCCUGCUCCUACUCCCGCGUCGGCGUCGGCGUCGACAAGCACAGGGACAGCUACGUCGACAGAAUCAGGGUCCAAUGUCGGGAGAGGUCAAGAACAACGAUAUGAUGAUAAAGGCCAGGAGCAAGGGGUAGUAACCCGUCUGAGCACGUCCAAUGCGAACACGCUCUUCUGGGGCCCGCGACAGAUGCUGGCGCAUGUGGCUAGUUCCGGGUGUGCGGUGCAGACGGGCGAGUUGUUAGGCACGGGGACGGUGAGUGGGACGAGCGAGGGGGAGUAUGGCUGUUUACUGGAGAUAACGGGGGGUGGGAAGAGGGCUGUUUGGUUGAAUUCGAAUUUCAGUUCUGAUAAUGGGGAGGAGAGGGUGUUUCUGCACGAUGGCGACGUGGUGAGGAUGGCUGGGUGGGCGGGCGAAGGGGUCGGGUUUGGCGAGUGUAUUGGGGAGGUUGGUCCUGCUACUCCGUACUGA